CUUCUGUGAAGUGUGCUUCUUCGAUUGGUAUUUCGAACUUGGGUUUUGCGAGAUGGGUUUGAAAUCAGCUUCUGGAGAUUCUUCGGAACGGGAAAACUGGGAAACAAUUUUCAAGAGUUUGGUCAAGAUUCUACAGACGAAACAGGACCAGCUCGAGUCGCUACUCAAAGACAGGAAGAUUCUUGAAAGUGAAAUCAAGACUAAGCACGAAAAUUGGAUCUCUGAUGUUCAAAAUUACGAGGAACAACUCUCUCUGAUGAUGAAAGAAAUUGAAACGACAAAGAUGAUUCAGUUGCUGGAAACCUCUAAAUGCAAUCUCUUGUGUGGCUUAAAGGAGAAAGAUCAUUCUCUUUGCAAUUUGAAACUAGAACAUGCGAUGGACGAGUUAAAAGACUUCAAGGCUUGGUUUGAUUUCCUCACUCUGAAUACAAAUAUGGAGAAUGAAAGUGGCAACUCAGAAGCUUCGGCUAUUAAGUCAUUGGAAGCAAAAAUCAGAAAACUGAAACUUGAGUAUGAGAAGCUUGCUUCUGAAAAGAAAUGUGAGGUAUCUGAUCUUUUACGAGAAAACGGGUUUGCGUGGAAUCAGUUCAAAUGUAUCGAGAGUGGAUUCACUGAUAAGUUAAAGAGGAAAGAUGAUGAGAUCGCGCAAGCGAAUACGAAAAUUUCUAGUCUUAUAUCUUAUCAAGAGCAGCUUCAGUCAUCUAAUCAAGAGAAGGAUGAGACUAUCUCAAGGUUAAAGGCUAAGAUGGCCGAAAUGGAGACGAAUUCUACUAAGAAAGAUGAGGAAAUCUCAAAACUCACACGGGAUCUAGAGUCUGCAAAGAAGUCUCGUGGGCUUACACCGGUUUUAACUCGAUGCACCAAACUUGAAACGCGUAGCAAUGGAAAUACGGUGGGAUCUCAUAUAUCUACUAAGAAAGAGAAGGCUGCUGCAUCAACAACAAACGAAAAGGUAAGCAAAAGGUCAAAGAGGAAAAGAGUGAACAUGACACCGGUCUCAGUUUCAGAAGUCCCAAAGCUGUUCACUUCAACUUUUAGACUUCCCAAGUUGAAGUCUCCAACUUCUGGAGCCAAAUAGAUUAUAUUUUAGUAGAUAAUUUAGGUUACUGAAAUCUGCAUGUAACCUAUUUGUAUUUAGGAUCAAUCGCCUGAUGUAUAUUGACCACACCCAUUAGCAUCUAGCAUAACUCUUACAUUAAUUUAGUUAGGAAACUCAUAUUGCAUCUAGCAGCUUGUCUUUAUUUCCUCUGUAUUAUUGUGUCUUGAAGCUUAACCAAAGAAGAAAGCAGCAAUGGCGGAACAUCUGGCAAUUCAACAAAGAUUUCAAGCGGCU